AUGUCCAGAAGAAGUUUGAUGAGAAAUGUAAGCUCAUUGUUCAAAGAUAUGAUUCAACAACUGAAGACUGAACUAGAAAAAAUUGAAUGUUUGCAUUACUGUAGAUUGUUGGAGUAUUUUCCACAGGUAAAAUAUUAUUUUUAAAUUAUCAAAAAAAAUAAAAUUUUUAUUGUUAUUUAAUAAUAUUAAACCUAUAUUUACAAAAUAAAUUCAUUGUAGAUCAUAUAUGGGUUUUACAGUUCAUUGGCUGAACCCAAUUACAUUGGAACGUAAUUCCCGUGCACUUGCUUGUAGACAUAUGUUAGGGAGGCAUACAUAUGAUAAUUACAGCAGAAAUAAUUGAAAAAGUUCUUACAGAAUUUGAUAUACAGUUUAAAACCACUGUAAUUGUCACAGAUACCUCAGGACAUUUUGUGAAAGCAUUCAAAUAAUAUAUAUUUUAGAAUUGCCUAUUUGUAUUAGUUAUGAAUGUUAUGAUUUAUAAUGUAUUUUAACAAAUUCAUGAUGAUCAUACACCAACAUUUUAAAUUUUAUUUAAAAUUGUAAUUUACAAUAUACAUACAGUUUUGAUAAUCAGAUUUUAUUUUAUCUUUUUCAACAGUAUAAAAAAUAUUAGAAUUAAUUAAUCGCUAAACGCUGGUGUACGGUCAUAGUUUGUUUUUACUUUUUAUAAUAUAUACUAAUUGUACAUAUUUAUAUCUUGUUAUUUUUUGUAAUAGUUAUUAAUUUUAUUUUUAUAAUUACAAUUAUUAUUACAAGUUGUUCAAUUUUAAAUGUAUUUAUUUUUAUCUCAGAGUGUAUGGUGCUAAUAAUGAAAUUGAUGAUAGUGAUUAUAAUACUGAAAUGCGUGAAAUUGAAUAUGGUGAAAUAUUGAGAACCGUAAAUAUCACUGAAAUACUUGAUGGUCAAAUUGGUCAAAAUAUAAAUGAUAUGUUAGAUAUAAAAUUACUGAAACAUCAAAAAUGUGCAGCGCACAAUUGA